AUGGUACUUGCAGCUCGUCCGCUUGAUGAAUGGGCCAACACUCGCACCCAAACAUUCGAUCUAGCUGUGCUCAAGGGCUCUGCGAUAGGCAUCCAUGCCACACACUACCUCGACCUCCAUUUAAACCACUAUGUGACGAAAGAGCCGCUUCUAAUUGCCCUUGGAGGCUUUCCCUUUGCCCUCCAGGCCAACAUCACCCGCGAACUUCAAGCGCUGAAAGCAGCGGACGUCACGCCCGUUUUUGUCUUUGAUGGUCUUGAUGCAGGCAAGCCAUAUCCGGACUUUUCGGCGCAAGCAGAGAAUACCAAGGCAUUGAACCAGGCCUGGGAGUAUUACGACCAACAACAGGCUGAUCAAGUUGUUGAUGCUUUCAGUGGUGCCGUCGCACCUUAUGCGGCCUCGGCUCAGUUGGCCUAUCUUGAAAAGGAGCCUCACCGAUUUAUUGACGCUGUGUUCGGCCCUGCAGAGCUCUUCCUUUUCGAGGUUGAAAAGAUCAUUACCAAGAUGGACACUGACCUGCGCCACUUUAACUGGGUGACAAAAUCUCUAUGUCAGGAAGAGUUGGGCCGUCUUUCAAACCAGCAGUUUGCCGACCUGUGUCUUCUCCUCGGAUCCCCUUUCCUUCCCACAUUUCCACCCUUUGAAACACCGGGCUACGGUGGCGGAAAGCGGGUUAAUAUCAGAGAUGCGGUUGGCAUGUUCAACUCUGCUGGAAGAAACGCGCUCGCACUUUGCGCUCAGUUUGAAGAGGACCAGAGAGUCCACGACCUUGACUAUAUGGAUCGCUUCAAGCGUGCUUUCAUGACCGUUAAGCAUCAUGUCAUUAUGGAUGCAGAUGGGAAAGUCGGCCCACUUGACCCAGAGAAUGCAUCUUCCGACCUACACGAGCUUAUUGGCCAACGCCUUCCCGAGGAGCUUUACUUUUACAUCUCAAAGGGCAUACUAGGCUCGCGGAUCCCCAAUUGGCUCACAUCUGGCGAGCUUUUGCUUACUCUUCCUCUCGGCACUGAGGACACACCUGUCUAUCGCCGCCUUUUCACUGAAAACCUCCCUCCAAUCAGGACACAAGCGCUUUGCCUUUUGUCCAACUCGCUCCACCGCUUUUAUCAGACAAAGGUCAUUAACGUCCGAGCCUGGUACGACGAUAAAACGGAUAAAUCAAUCCAUCUCAAGGAUCUUCCCUCAGUCAAAGACACAAUAACCAGCUGGCGUCUGGGAAACAAGCAGCUGCCGGAGAGUGUACAAAAACUCCAGCCCCUCACAACCAAACAAGAGAUAAUCUCCAAUGUUACAUGGAGGUUCCUUCAACUAAGAGGCUAUGUCGACUCUAAACACCAGCUCACAACUUGGGGAAAAGCUCUUGAAUCUGCACUGUCUUCUCUCAAGCCGUCAGAUAACCUAGAGGAACCAACAUUCCUAGCCGUUGAGCUUGUUCGUUUGGGGAUCCUGAGCUCGAAGGACUGGUUCCCCAACACAUCAGGCGGCCCAAUGAGAGGAACUGCAGAUGAAGAACAGAGGAAUAAUCUCUUGAUCUCGCGAGUUGCAUGUUUCGGGAAAAUCCAGCACAAGCCCAUCGGGUAUUCUGGACCACUCAGCAGGCAACUGCUAUCAUUCCGCUCCCUUGUCAGCACCGUGCGCUCAGCUCUUCGCGACUUGAUAGAAGUUGUUCUCGCAUCGCUGCUGCUCAGCGGGGAUGCUAAUAGGGACCGUGAUGACUGGACUGAUUUAAGUCUAAGCCUUCCUUUUAUCGACGACAAUGAUUGUGGCCUUGCAAUUGCUGUCCGCACCUACCUAGAUGACUUACCGCAGGAACCAGAGCCUACCACUGAAGCCAUCAGAGAAGAAGUCAAGGACAAGGGCAAAGAAUGGUUCCAGCACAGCCACAGCUUCUCUGAGAACCUAGAUAUGUCAUUCCAUCUAUGGGAUGCGGUAAGCGCCAGACCAGCUCCUUAA